GUACUAGAAACGUAGUUUAGUAAGAGAGACGUAACAAGAGAAGUUCCCCCGCCCCCCCAAAUCAAAACCCAAAAAGGAGAGAAAAAGAAAAAGGAGAAAAAUGGUUCUCCAAGAUGAAAUCAGGAAAGGUCCAUGGACAGAACAAGAAGACUUCAAACUAGUCUGCUUUGUGGGACUGUUCGGAGAUCGAAGAUGGGAUUUCAUAGCAAAAGUUUCAGGUUUGAAGGUGGAGGGAGACAAAAUAAAAUAGGUUUGAACAGAACAGGCAAGAGUUGCAGAUUACGUUGGGUUAAUUACCUUCACCCUGGCCUUAAACGUGGCAAGAUGACUCCUCAAGAGGAACGCCUUGUCUUAGAGCUUCAUUCCAAAUGGGGAAAUAGAUGGUCUAGAAUUGCUCGGAAAUUACCGGGCCGCACUGACAACGAGAUUAAGAAUUAUUGGAGGACCCAUAUGAGGAAAAAGGCUCAAGAGAAGAAGAGAUCAUCAACAACAACAACAACAUCGACAUCGACAUCAUCAUCAUCUUCAUCACCACCACCUGAUGUGUCGUCUCCAUCUCAGUCUUCAUCUUCGUCGAACAUUACGACCGUGGAAUCCUUGCCGUUCCCGGACAGCACCACCGGAGUGGAGAGCUUCUACGACACCGGGGGUCGUGUCGUUUCAGCUGAUGAUGAUGGUCAUGAUGAAAAGAUGAAAACAGAGGCAAAAAACCACGAAGAGCAACAAACUGGCGCCGGGUGUUACUCCAUGGAUGAUAUAUGGAAGGAGAUAUCUUUGCCUGAAGUGAACGAUAUAGGACCUGUCUAUGGCCAAGAGGGUGUCUAUAACUGCAACAAUCUUAGCUCUGCUCCCUUAAUAGCGGCGGCGGCUACAGCGGCGGCGGCACCCUCUCCGUCGGCGUGGGAUGAAUACUACUGCUCGGACUCGCUUUGGAUAAAUAAUUUGGAUGAAGAAGUGAGUAAGUCGGGAGGUUUUAGUACCACUACUACGGCCACAAAUGACCCAUUCAAUUACGCUUGCUUCGACUAUGGAGGAGCAUUUCUAACAGGCUGAUCUUUAGGAUUUGAUUCAUUAAGAUUUGUUAAUAUAAUAGGAACAAGAAAGCGAAGUGUCGCAAUAGUAAGGUCCAACCGUCCAAGACUAGUACUUGUACUAGUACUUUCAAUACGUCGUCGUUUCAACCCUCAACUCUCAUGGGCUAUAACCUCUAUAUGGGUUUUCUUUCUCGUCCGUUAUGAUUAGGUUUUCUGAUAACUCUGCCAGCUUGGGUUCUUCUUCGAUUCAACGCAGAGUGGCAUAUGCAUAAUAGUUUUAAGUACUUUAAUUUCUGUCUUCGUAUCAACAUUAUGCUUUAUUGUGUGUACGUAUUCAGUGUAGUACUUUUUUUAGGGGUUUUUGGUUCAGAGAAGGAGAAGUAAUUCCACCAGGAAAAUCCCAUCACUAGUUUGGUCUCUAUGAAUGUCAGAACUUCAUGUAACAUUGUAUGAUACACGCCUUUUAAUUAUGAUUACCAUUUAAAUCUUCA